GGACGUCAGUAGAAAGCGGUGCAGUAUGUUAGAUCCCGAGGACAGUGCGGAGCCUAAAAUUGGUUCUCCCUUUCCUAAAUUUUUGCUUAUCCUUCUAGCCAUGCUGACGGUCACGGGAGCCCUGCUGUUCUUGGCCUUUUCGGCCACCGAACAGAACGAGGACAAUUUUUACUCCUUUAAAGUGGUCAACAUCAGGGGUAAACUAGUCUCCCUGGACAAAUACCGAGGCUCGGUAUCACUAGUUGUCAAUGUUGCAAGUGAAUGUGGGUAUACCGACAGUCACUACAAAGCCUUACAACAGCUGCAGAAAGAGCUUGGUCCCUAUCAUUUUAAUGUGCUAGCAUUUCCCUGCAAUCAGUUUGGACAGCAAGAACCCAAUAGUAAUAAUGAAAUUGAGAGUUUUGCCAGACAAACAUACAGCGUUACCUUUCCUAUGUUCAGCAAGAUAGCAGUAAAGGGCAUUGGGGCAAAUCCAGCCUUUAAAUAUUUAAUUGAAUUCACUGGAGAAGAGCCAACUUGGAACUUCUGGAAAUAUCUGGUAGAUUCAGAUGGGAAAGUGGUAAAUGCUUGGGACUCUACUGUCACUGUUGAAGAAAUAAAACCUUAUGUGAUCGAACUUGUGAGGCAACUCAUUCUGAAGAAAAAACAGGAAUUCUGA